GGGACGGAGGGCGGACAGGUCUUCCUCUGAAGCAGCAUUCUCGUAUUCUAAAAAGGGCCCGUCUGCAAUCAAUCAUCAACAUCUGCUAACUGAAAAUCUAAACCUCAUAUGACAGUGAUAUGAGGGAGGUUGAAAUCCCAGAAGUAGCUGUUAGUUUCCAAUACAAGUGCAACUAUCACUUAUGUGAGGGAAGUUCCAUUAAUAUUGGAGAAGAUGAAGGUCAGGGAAGUCCCAUUAUUCUUGGAGGUGAAGAAGAAGAAGAACAUUCUCAUAGAAAAUGUUCUGUUGACAAUUGUGAGCUGGACCAUGACAUCAUUUUCAGUCUACUAAACUUUGAGACAGACAAGGAAAGGAUGAUUAUUCUUGAUCCCAACAUCUCUGGCUCACAUGACAUUGUUAUCGGCAACCUUCAUUCUAAUCAGCGGUUUGUCGAUGAAAACAAGAGCGUCGACACUAAGAUAAAUGAUUCUGGUGAUGUUCAAACCGUGAUACACGAUCACGGUUUAGCGGGUCAAACCGAGACACAGCAAAAGGGGGAAACAGAAACUAGUGAGGUGCAAAAAAGUAGCCUGGGAGCACUAUUUGGUAUGCAUAGUGCAGAAGAUGAAUCAUUUCCAUCCGCAGAUAGUCCGCUCCAUGGACCACUCACGGUCUCAUUGAACCACGACUGCUCUUCUCUUCGCUCAAGCGCUGCCAGCGCCCAAUCCUUUGUCUUCCCUAUAUUAACAUCAGAUUUCUAUGAAAGUCCGGUGAAGAUGGAACAAAGUGAGAGUAGGUUGAGGUUCUUAAAGAAGAGCAGGCAAUGGAAGAAAUAUUGGUUUGGCUGCUGGAUAUUUUAAUUCUACAAAAGAAAUUAUAGGGGAUGUUGCAAGUACAAAAUUGAGAGCUUAAAUCAUUGUAAAAAUAGCAUAUCUAACACAAGUUUUGGGGUAUACCAAUUGCACAAUUGACAAUUAUGCAGCACAAAAUCACAAACUGAAAGUGGUCAUUAACUGAGCUUAAUAUCCAGUAACCUCAACCAUUAAAAGUGGUCAUUAAUUAACUUAGCUUAUUUGGCGUGGGUUACGUUUAGUAAAAAAUCGUAACAAAUAAAUAUAUUGGUUUACAUUUGUUUAUUAGAUUAAAGUAAUUAAUAUUACUCUAUAUCAUAUUCUCUCAGCUCCAAACAAACCCGACUCUUUGUAAUAAAAGUCUAGUGCCCGGUCUUGUGUAAGCUUUGUAAUUUGUACGAAGUACUUCGUUUCUCUUUUCAUUGUAACCGACAACAUUUCACGUUCUAA